CCAGUCUACUGCUUUGUUCAUCUGAGCAUUCAGGAGUUUCUGGCUGCAGUCUACAUGUUCCACUGUCACACCAACAGGAAGACAGAGGUGCUGAAGAACUUCGGGGCAGAUGUUUUGAAUGAUUCUGACUAUUAUCAUCAUUCAAAUUUUCUCCUGUCAUCAUUUUUACCAUCUCUGGAUGAAUCCUCUGUGGAUGGUUUUCUAAAGAGAGUCAUGUAUAAAUCCCUCCAGAGUAAAAAUGGCCACCUGGACCUGUUUGUUCGCUUCCUUCAUGGCCUCCGUCUGGAGUCCAACCAGAGACUGUUAGUAGGUCUGCUGGGUCAGACAGAGAUCAGUCCAGGAACCAUCCAGAGAGUCAUCAAUAACCUGAAGAAGAUAAACAGUGAUGAAAUCUCUCCUGACAGAAGCAUCAACAUCUUCCACUGUCUGAUGGAGAUGAACGACCUCUCAGUACAUCUGGAGAUCCAAGAGUUCCUGAAGUCAGAGAACAGAUCAGAGAAGAAACUCUCUGAGAUCCAGUGCUCAGCUCUGGCCUUCAUGCUGCAGAUGUCAGAGGAGGUUCUGGAUGAGUUGGACCUGCAGAAAUACAACACAUCAGAGUGGGGACGACAGAGACUGAUUCCAGCUGUGAGGAACUGCAGAAAGGCUCGACUGACUCAGUGUGGACUCUCAGAGACUCACUGUGAAGUUGUGGCCUCAGCUCUGAAGUCCAACCCCUCCCAUCUGACAGAGCUGGACAUGAGUCUGAACAAGCUGCAGGAUUCAGCAGUGAAUCUUCUGUGUGCUGGACUGGAGAGUCCAAACUGUCGUCUUGAGACUCUGAGAUUGUAUCGCUGUGGUUUGUCAGAGAUCAGCUGUGAUUAUCUGGCAGCAGCACUGAAGUCCAACCCCUCCCAUCUGAGAGAGCUGGACCUUAGCAGAAACUACCUGCAGGAUCCAGGAGUGAAGCAUCUGUGUGGUUUCCUGGAGAGUCCAGGAUGUGGACUUGAAACUCUGAGAUUGAGGGGCUGUGGUUUGUCAGAGAUCAGCUGUGAUUAUCUGACAGCAGCACUGAAUUCCAACCCCUCCCAUCUGAGAGAGCUGGACCUGAGCUGGAACAAGCUGCAGGAUUCAGGAGUGAAGCAUCUGUGUGGUUUCCUGGAGAGUCCAGGAUGUAAACUUGAAACUCUGAGAUUGGGGAACUGUGGUUUGUCAAAGAUCAGCUGUGAUUAUCUGGCAGCAGCGCUAAAGUCCAACCCCUCCCAUCUGAGAGAGCUGGACCUGAGCUGGAACAACCUGAAGGAUCCAGAUUUGAAGCAGCUGUCUGAUCUUCAGCAGAGUCCAGACUACAGACUGGAGACUCUGCUGUGGAGCUGAUGAUGGUAAACAGGACGGUGUGUGUGCUGAGAGAGGAUGAGCUGUGUCCUGGUGAUCCAGAGAGGUUGAAGCAGCAGCAGCUUGUGUGUAGAGACGCUCUGACUGGGCCAUGUUAGUGGGAGGUGGAGAGGAGAGCUUCAUCCAGCAGUGACUGACAGAGGAAUGAAGUGCAGA